UCAAUUUAUAGUAAUAUCAAAAUGUUUCAUAUAAAGAGCUUGUUUUAGGAUUUACAUUACAACAAAAAGACUCAUUCUUUUAUCUCCUUUAUUCAAGAUUCUUCCUCCCAUAUGGAGGCUGUUAGAUUUAUCAAUAAAAUUCAACCACAUUCUUCAUCUUUUUCAAAUACCCAUUUUGGAUUGAUCAAAUUUAGGAAGACCCAUUUAGGAUUUCAGCCAAAAAUCCAAAAAAAAUGGAAAAGUUUGAAUCUUUUUGGUGGUGGAGAAAGAUUGAAAGAGGGAGUUUUUUUGGAGAAAAAGCAGAGGGGAUUUACUGUGAAGUGUACAGCAGAGGGGAUAGAAAGGGGGUUGCUCGUUGGUGGUAGAAAUGAAGAAAGAGAGAUUAAGGUGGCAGAGAGAUUCAAAGUGGUGGCUUUAAUGGCUUGUGUUAUGUGUUUGUGUAAUGCUGAUAGAGUUGUUAUGUCUGUUGCUAUUGUUCCUUUAGCUGCUAAACAUGGAUGGAGCAAUGCCUUUUUGGGUAUUGUUCAGUCAUCUUUCCUUUGGGGUUACAUAUUUUCCUCGGUGAUUGGAGGAGCGUUAGUUGACAAAUAUGGAGGAAAGAAAGUGAUUGCGUGGGGUGCUGCUCUUUGGUCUCUGGCCACUCUCCUUACUCCAUGGGCAGCAAAUCACUCCACAGUCAGUCUAUUGGCCAUUCGUGCUUUCUUUGGUCUUGCUGAAGGAGUAGCUUUGCCUUCCAUGAACACCCUUUUGUCCAGGUGGUUUCCAUGCCAUGAACGCGCAACUGCUGUUGGAAUAUCCAUGGGUGGUUUCCAUCUUGGAAAUGUUGUGGGUUUGGUGCUAGCCCCAUUAUUUAUGACCUCAGUUGGAAUUUCUGGUCCGUUCAUCCUUUUCGCAUCUCUUGGGCUUCUCUGGCUUACAACAUGGAUUAGCCGGGUAACAAAUGAUCCACAAGAAAGUAAUUCUAUCACAAAAGCAGAGUUGAGGUUAAUCCAAGCAGGGAAAUCAGAUUCUCCUUCUUUAAAAAAAGGAGAACUUCCACCAUUGCGACUGCUGUUGUCAAAAAUGCCCACUUGGGCUAUUAUCUUCGCUAACAUCACUAAUAAUUGGGGAUAUUUUGUUCUUCUCUCCUGGAUGCCUGUUUAUUUCAAAACGGUUUUUAAUGUGAAUUUGAAGCAAGCAGCUUGGUUCAGUGCAGUGCCUUGGGGUACAAUGGCAAUCUCUGGCUAUGUUGCCGGAGCUGCAUCAGAUUUCCUAAUCAAAGCAGGGUACUCAUUGACCUUUGUCAGGAAAGUCAUGCAGUCUAUUGGUUUCAUUGGACCCGGGGUGGCUUUGCUCUGCUUGAAUUUUGCCAAAACGCCCGAGGUUGCAUCAGUGCUGAUAACUAUAGCCUUGAGCUUCAGCGCUUUCAGCCAAGCUGGUUUUCUACUUAAUAUGCAAGAUAUUGCACCUCAGUAUGCAGGAUUUCUACACGGGAUUUCUAAUUCAGCAGGGACACUGGCAGCUAUAAUCAGCACAAUUGGAACAGGGUUCUUUGUACAGUGGCUUGGAUCCUUCCAAGCAUUCUUAACUCUCACUGCUUGCCUCUACUUUGUUACAGCCAUCUUUUGGAAUAUCUAUGCCACUGGAGAGAGAGUUUUUUAGACUAUAUUUUGUAGUCUAAUAGAUUCUCCAUCAUGGCUUAUAAAUUCAUUAAGAGAUAGUAGGAAGGACCACAAAGUACAUCCUUUUACAAAUAUUCCAUUUUUUCUUCACUCAAGUCUUAGGGAUGUGAGUGAACAAUAUAUUUAUUUAUUUUUCAUGUUUAGUUUUACUAUUUCAUCUUUUCAGUAAUGAAGCAAAGAUGAAUAGCUUACUUGUUUAUUCUUUUUGACCCUUGUAAGCAUUUAGUUAUUAUUACUUAUUAGAAGCAUAGACUACUUUAGAAGCAU